AUGAUGCAACAGGCUCAGGGUGGUGGUGCUCCACCGCAUGCUAUCCUUCUGGCAGUGGUGGUAGCGAUCGUGGUCAUCGUGCCUUUCCUUCUCGGAGAUCAGGGAGAAGCCAUCACCGAAGGGAUAGCGGAGCUGCUAAGUCCACUAGGUCUUCUUCUGCUCCCCAUCAUUCUCCUCCUCACCAUCCAGUUCCUCUCUUCCGAUCGCGGCUCCUUCGUCUCUUCACUUUUCUCCACCGGCGAACCAGACUCCAUCCACCGAGUCAGCGGCUCCCCCGUCGGCGUGGCACUCGUCCUCAUCCUCAUUCUGUUCCUCCUCUACAACCGCUUCUCCAUCUUCGGCGGUGAUGAUUCCGAUGAAUGAAUGAGUUUCUGGAUCUGGCUCUCUCAUGCUUUUUGUUUUGUACUAUUUCAGAUUAUAAUUGUAAUAUUGUGGUAUUAUUAACUAAUUACAGUGAGAGAAUAGAUGAACUUAAUUGCUUUUUU